UUUCUUACACGUAUGCCAAAGAUGCCGAUGAGAUCUGUGGAGCUCACACCGACUUUGUGGUUCCCGAUGCUCUCGUCCCCCGCUGCAUAUAAAAUGAGCUUCAGGCUGCGGACCUGACUCAAAUCUUCUCUCAACAUUCUUUUCAGAUCUAUCUCUCUCUGUCAGAACAGAUCCUGCUACACAGUCCUGAGUGUGCAUCGUCCUCCUGAUUGCGCAAUUCCUCAGAAUCUGUACAUUCUUGUUCGGGAUACCCGAAGUGCGUAGACCUUGAGUUAGAUCGACAUUCUAUCCAUCGAUCGGUCGAUUGUGUAGACGGCAGGAAAGAGCAACCAUACUUUCCACUUACUUCCUUAUGGGCAGCAUGGGAGAUACCAUCAAGGAGCGCGCUGCCGUGGGCGGCGAAGUCGGGCAAGAGAUGGGCAAGGGAACAGGGGGAGUGCUGAAGGAAGCUGCUGCCAAUGUGGUGACCGGAAGAGAUGGACCCAACCGCAACCAGCCUUUCCACAGCGUCACCGACAAGCCCGUCAAUGGGCACCAUGCCGGCCAAGGCCUCAAGAACUUGGCCAUCAGAUCGGCCGUCGUUGGCGAAGGCCCCGCGUUCUGCCCCAACCCCAAUGACGCCGCCCUGCCGAAAGAGUAUGAGACGAGGGUGCAGGUCAUCCAAAAGUACCCGGAGAUGAAAACCGUGGAGGAAGCGUACUUCGUGAAGGAAGUACGAAAUGAGACUCGGAGGGUGAUGGUUCCGAGAACCAGAGUUCUCAUGGAGGAGCACGAGAGGAUCGACAUGGUUCCCGUCGUCAAGCAGGUCCCCAAGACGAGGAUCGAGAUCGUCUACCGUGUCGUGGAAGAAGAGAGGGAGAUUACGGACAUGGUUCCCAUUGUCGAGAUGGUGCCGGUUCCGAGAAUCGAGAAGAUCCCUCGAAUCAUCACCGAAGAAUUUGAGGAGACCGUCGAAGUACCGACCGUCAUCGAGGUUCCCAUGGUUCGCACCAUCGAGGUUCCUACUGGAAACUACUGCGAGGUGGAAGCUGGAACUUACGUCAACCCGAGUCACUUCAACCUUUUGGGGAAGGGGCAUGGAAUCCUCAGAAGAACUGGAUCGAACUCCAGCUCGUCAUCUUCGUCGUCCUCGAGUUCGUCUUCUUCUGACGAUGAGAGCCAUCGUCGAGGAUUCAACGGAACUGGUACAGGAAUCAACAGAAUGCCAGGAACAGACAGUGCUCCCACAACUCCAGGACGCGCUACUCCCACCCGCAAGAAGAAAAGCCUGCUCCAGAGAAUCGAAGCAAAAAUCGUCGGCUAGGGUGGUUCUGACGAUGGUCAUAUUCAAACAAAUUAAAGUUGCCCAUAUAAUUGUACACUAGACUUUAGAUGGGAGCUAUGAAACUACAGCGGGUACAUUGUGCAUGGUUGUAGUAGCUCAGUUAUGGCAGAUUACAGCUUAUAGUCAGUAGAACGAUCUGUACAGUUUAGAUGGAUAGUUUCCAUUGCGACUGGUCUAUGGCUAUGGCUUUUGUAGAUUCGGGUUUGGAGUACGGUAAAUAGUUAAAUGCAGUUCGGUUGUGCUGAUGUGAAUAUGUUUCGAGCUUUUAACGUUACUACGCAUAUUAGUCUCCUCCUGUACUUGAUAUUGAUACCGGUCUUCAAUAUAUUU